CUAACUGCACCAUCAUUCUCAAUACACAAACAUCACUUAUAUAUAUCUAGCAUACUAGAACAAUUACAGUAUUUGCUCUUCGAUUCUGAUUUCUAUUUGUUUUUUUAUCACUGCUAAUUCAAAACUAAGAAUCCUAAUUCUGUAUUGAAGUUUUUGUUAUGAGCGUUGUGAUUGCAUUGGUGAAAUUUGCAGAAAAUACAGUUGUUCUAGAAUUGAUAAAAUGGCGGAAGUGACGGAGAAGCGAUUCAGUGUGGGUUACGCACUGUUACAGAAGAAACAGCGCAGCUUCGUUCAGUGUUCUUUGUUGAAUUCGGCAAAAGAGCGUGGUAUUGAUCUCAUUAGGAUCGACACCGACAAGCCGCUAAUUGAUCAAGGCCCUUUUGAUUGUGUGCUUCACAAGUUGAACACUGAAGACUGGCGGAAACAGCUAAAGGAGUACUCCAUUCGGAACCCUAGCGCUUACAUAAUCGAUUCUCCUGACGCAAUCCAGCGGUUACACAACCGGAUUUCCAUGCUCGAAGUGGUUUCGGAGAUUGAGGCGGCGGAGGUGAAAGACGGUGAGUCGGCUUCCUUUGGGACACCGAAGCAGACGGUGAUAUACGAAUCGGAGAAGCUGAAAGACACGACGUGUUGGAGCGAGGGAUUGAAGUUCCCGGUGAUUGCGAAACCCUUGGUGGCGGACGGAAGUAUGAAAUCGCAUAAAAUGUCUUUGGUUUUCAGUAGGGAGGGUUUGGAUAAACUGAAACCCCCUACUGUAUUGCAGGAGUUUGUGAACCACGGCGGAGUGAUCUUCAAAGUGUAUGUGGUCGGCGAAUAUGUCCAAUGCGUGAAGCGGAAGUCCUUGGCGGACAUUACUGAAGAAAAAUUGGGGAGUUUACAUGGUUCUUUACCAUUUUGUCAGGUUUCUAACAUGACUUCGCAUCCAAAGAAUGACGAUAUAUACUACAAGAUUUUGGAAGACGCAGAGAUGCCUCCGAUGAGUCUGAUAACUAAUAUCGCUCGUGGGCUGCGUAAGGCAAUGAAAUUGCAUCUUUUCAACUUUGAUGUGAUCAGGGAUACCAGAAUUGGGAACAGGUACCUUGUUGUAGACAUCAAUUAUUUCCCUGGCUAUGCCAAAAUGCCUGGUUAUGAAUCCGUCUUGACUGAUUUCUUGUGGGAUGUUUUGACCAAAGAAGAGGCUAGGUCUUUCAAUAACAAGAAAGAAACAACCAAAUUGGUUGAAAAAAUCGAUGUUUAUGGUGACCAAAAAGGGUCUCUUCCUGUUCUUUCUAUUGAAAAGGAUGAACAGGACCCUUUUCAGGUCUGAUAAUGAAUCAACACUCAUCCCUGAUCUUGAGUUUAGGUUUCUUCACAGUUUACAUGGUGUUCCUUGUUGAUGAUGUACAUAUCAUCCUUUACUUUGGAAAGAUAGAUUUUGUGUUUGGCUGGUAGCAAAACGCGUGCCAAGUUGUCGCCUUUCGCCUCAAAGUGAAAGAUGUGUUUGGGUGAUAGGAUCAGUUUUGACCCGAUACAACAUUCAGCAAGAAGCAUCAAAUGCUCAUGCUGUAGAACACAAAUAUUCAGAUGCUACAACCAUUACUCUAUGGUAUGACAUGUUUCUUUUUUGGGAUACUUUCUAAAUGUAAAGUUAAUACAAGCUAUAUGUAAGAAUCCUUUUAGUUUGCAAACAUAAUUAGGUGAGGACAAUGAGGAAGUUUCAUAUAAACUUAUUUAAAUUCACCAUGUAAAAAGGCAAUCUUGAUGUCCAUUUGUAGUAAA